AAACUUAAGCUUUUAGCAAUUACUACAUCCCAUGCGUUUUAAUAACUUCCUCUAAAAACCGCGAAAACUAGCUUUAGCGCGGGAAAAGUGGAAGCUUGUUUUGAUUGUAGUUUAAUUGGUUUUGUGCUGUUUUAUCCUUGACUUUCUUGCUGUUGCAGGAAUUAAUCAUACCAAUGAGUUCUCCUCUUAAUGGACGCGUCGGUAAGCGAAUAUGUCGGUCUGACGAAAAGGAAGAAUGCGGUGGCUUUGUAAUUGAGAAUGGUAUGAGAACAGCGAAGUUUUAUGAACCUUCCAAAAAGGAUGACCUACGUAGUCCCUUACGUCAUACCCAGGAUUAUGAUGACGCAAGAAAACAGAGCAGCAACACAAAGAGGUAUUCCAGUGGAAGAAAACGAAAAACUGGAUCACUGGAGUCGCGUUUUUCGCCAAAAAAAUCGGCUGGUAAUAAUUUGAAAGAAGAAAAAGUUUUGGAUAGAAAAGCAAGUAGUAGUGACUGGUUUGAUCAAGUUGAAAAAUCCAAUGAGUUGGAGGAAGAGGCAAUCAAGCAUAAGCAAAUUUUAACUGAGAAAAGAUCUGCAAGAUUAAGUGAAUGUGAAUCAAAUGGCACCAUUCCUUUGCUUGAGGAAGUUGCAGUUGAAGAAGACAGUGUAGUUCUAAUGCGACGUGAAAAACAAAUCGAAUACGGAAAAAACACAAUUGCAUAUGACAACUAUACCAGAGAAAUCCAAAAGCACAAGAGAACGAAGUUCCACCCAAGAACACCAGAUAAGUUUGCGAAAUGCAGUCGCAGAUCCUGGGAUGCCCAAGUUAAAAUAUGGAGAAAGGCGUUGCAUAAUUGGGAAGAAUACACAGAAGACAGAAAGAAAAAAUUCCAAGCCAAGAUUGAUGGUACAAACGACAGUCCAUUAAAUAAGGAUGGAAAAAUGGUGAAUUCUGAAGGUUGUAGUUACAAAUAUGUCAUACCUGUUGGAGAACCUCUUGGUAAAACAUCUGAUGAUAAAUUUAAUGAAGAUGAUGUUCUGCAUCUGGACUUGGAUGAAGGAGAUGAGGACUUCUUGUGAUCAUUCUUUUAAAAUUGCUUUAAAUUCCAUUUUAAUGUUGUAUUUGUAUUCAACACACUCUGAGUGUGUUAUUGUAAUUGUACAGCAGUAGUCAUUGAUGUUACUUAUUCUCAUUAAUGAGCUUUGUUGAAAUCUUUUGUUUGUUAUGUAUCUCUUUUUGUUUAGUAUGAACCAUUUUUAUUCAUCGUUUUUGAUUUAUUGCAGUUUUAACUGUUUUCCAAAAAUACUUGGCUACACUAUAUUAUAAAUGAAGGCUCAAAUGUUUUAGUUACAAAAUAAAAAUUCUUGUCUUUAAGCCAUUUUCUAUAUCUAAUUAGUAAUUAUUAUUGCUUCAAAUGCAGGUAUAAAACAAGAUCAUGCAUAAGUAAAUAAAAUGUAAAAUCAACAA